AUGAUACCCUCAUGACCGGAUCGGGAUAGUGCCCGCGACGGGAGUGUGUUUCCGGGUGUGCGUGCAUGGGCGUGCGUUAUGUCGCACGUCCUGCUGCCGCUCCUUUGCUCCCUUUUGCCCUUGCCCCUUCCUAAUCUUCUAAUCCUACUUGCUUCGUGGAUGGAUGCGUUGAUGGCACAACAAUGGCUGGCGUCUGGUGGUCGGAACUCGAUGUCCCAAUGAACCCUACCACAGGUCCCAAUUUGUCAACAUGGCCGCCAUGAUCUCCCAGCGCCGCGCUGCUGCCAGCGUUGCCUCCUCCGCCCCAAAGCGCGGCUCCCGUGUGGUCACCCGUGUGGCCCAGCCGCUGGCCCAGCCCGGCAGCCAGUCGGCUGCCGCCGAUGCGUCCAUGCUGGCUCGUGCCGGUCUGCCGCCCACGACCACUCCCUACGACAACUACGUGUUCGCUUCUAUCAGGGAGGCUGAGGUCAACCGCGCCAUGACCCGGCGCUACUUCAAGGACAUGGACGAGUUCGCUGAGAGCGACGUGGUGAUUGUGGGCGCGGGCUCCGCAGGCCUGGCGUGUGCCUACGAGCUGGGCAAGGUGGCGCCGCACCUCAAGGUUGCUCUUCUCGAGCAGAGUGUGGCUCCCGGUGGCGGCGCCUGGCUCGGUGGCCAGCUGUUCAGCGCCAUGGUGGUACGGAAGCCCGCCCACCUGAUGCUGGACGAGCUGGAGGUGCCGUACGAGGACGAGGGUCACUACGUCGUCGUUCGCCACGCGGCCCUGCUGACGUCCACCCUCAUGAGCCACGUGCUCAAGAACCCAAACGUGAAGCUCUUCAACGCCACCGCCGUGGAGGACCUCAUCGUGAAGCCCGACCCCCAGCUGGGAGGUGCUCGCCGUGUGGCGGGAGUGGUGACCAACUGGUCGCUGGUGGCGCAGGCGCACGGCACCCAGUCGUGCAUGGACCCCAACGUCAUCGAGGCGGGCGUGGUGGUGUCGGCGUGCGGCCACGACGGGCCCUUCGGGGCAACCAGCGUGAAGCGUCUUGCCCGCCUGGGCAUGGUUCCCGGCGGCGAGGUCCCCGGCAUGGGCGCCCUGGACAUGGAGGCGGCUGAGGGCGCCAUCGUGGGCGGCACUCGCGAGGUGGUACCGGGUAUGGUGCUGGCGGGCAUGGAGCUGGCGGAGGUGGACGGGUCGCCACGCAUGGGACCCACGUUCGGCGCCAUGAUCGUGUCGGGACGUCGUGCUGCCCACGUGGCUCUUGCGGUGCUGGAGAAGCGCCGCAAAGUGGCGGCUGGUGCUGCUGCGGGCAAGGAGAUGGCUGCCUCGGCUUGAACUAAGUCUCGGAAGUGUAGUGCUGGUCGUUUACGCUCUUCCUGUAUUUCAGCAGGAGCAUUGGAAAAGGAUACAGGAGCUGUAUGUUACUUAUUGCAUGCAUGUAUCGGAUGUUUCGCUCCGGUGUUAUUGUUGGAUUUAGCAGAGUGGGAUGUGAAUCUUCUGCGCGUGCCUAAGAAAUCUCGAACCCGUUGCAUUCGUCGGUCCUGCUCGGAAGUAUGUAUAAGUUCAGUUUCGAGGUUGCUACGGUACAAACAGAAUGGUUUUGGCUUGUAACGAAUGAGAGGGCUGCGUUCGUCACGAUACCGAAGACUGUAAAUUUGUAGCUU